AAACGAUCUUCAUCAUAGAAUAAAAACAUUAUCACAGUAUCCAAUAUUACUUCACCCAUCUAUUCUUCCGGAUCUGUCAUGACGUCUUGGCUGAAGGGUGAACUUCUGGGACGAGGAUCGUUUGGCCCCGUGUAUGAAGGCAUUUCAGGUGAUGGAGACUUCUUUGCUGUCAAGGAAGUUUCACUACUUGAAUAUGGAAGUCAGGCACAAGAGUGCAUACAAGAACUCGAAAGGGAGAUUUCAUUACUAAGUCAGCUUCAGCAUCAGAAUAUCGUGAGAUAUCGUGGCACAGCCAAGGAUGGGUCGAAUUUGUACAUCUUUCUUGAGCUUGUAACCCAAGGUUCUCUUCUAAAACUUUACCAAAGAUACCAGCUCCCGAACUCUGUGGUGUCCACGUACACAAGACAAAUCCUUGAUGGCUUGAAAUAUCUCCAUGGAGAAGGUUUUAUCCACCGGGACAUCAAAUGUGCAAAUGUAUUGGUGGAUGCCAGUGGAGCUGUUAAGCUUGCAGAUUUUGGAUUGGCUAAGGUGUCACAAUUGAACAACAUCAAGUACUGCAAAGGGACUCCAUUCUGGCUGGCUCCAGAGGUUAUUAACCCGAAGCGUGCUAACGCGUAUGGAAGCUCGGCUGAUAUAUGGAGCCUUGGGUGCACAGUGCUAGAAAUGCUGACUCGUCAGUCUCAUUACUGUGUCUGUGUUGUAUUAGACUUUUUUUCAUAUUUAAGGUUAUUGUUUAUUUCUUCAUGGGGUUUUCCCAGUAAAAUAAGAGUUGAUGUCAGAUUUUGUGCAAACGCGCAGUAUCAAGCUCUGUUGAGGAUCGGAAGGGGUGAGCUUCCGGACAUACCUGACACAUUAUCACUAGAUGCUAGAGAUUUUAUAAUUAAAUGUCUCAAAGUGAACCCGGAGGAGCGGCCAACUGCGACUGAGCUGCUAAACCAUCCAUUUGCAUCUUCAGGCUCGAGCUGAGAAUCAGGAUCUCCGCUUGCUUCUCCAUAGACGAGGCUAACUUGGUAGAUCGUCUACAUUGGUGAAGCUCUUGGUGUCGUUUUCACGAGAAUAAAUCAGAAUCAAGAACUGUAGAUUCUAAAAUUGAUGUCCUUAUGUAUGUAAGCAGGCUAUGCAGAAUAUUUGUGUAAGAUGGAUAAGACCCCAAAGAAACUAAAAACUAUUGGCGAAA